UAACGACCCGAUUCGGCGGCGUCAUUCCUUUUCUAAUCCGUCUCUCUCUCUGAGAAAUCUAGGGUUUCCUUUUUGGUUUUAUCCAUUAAUUUUUUCGAUUUGUCUCGACUCCCAUGGGGUUUCCGAAGCUCCUGGUCGCGUGGGUCGCGAUCUCGAUCGCGUUGGUGGGGGUUUGGGCGGAGGAGGAGGUGGAGAUCGGAGGAGCGCCGGAUUUGAGUACGAAGCUCGAGUUGGAGCGGCUCCGCGCGGAGAUCUCGGCGCUAGAGAAGAGUAUUGCGGAGAGAACUGGGGAGUUGAAAACCAAGGAUGAAACCAUUGCGAAAUUGGAGAGUACGAUUGAGGACAAGUCACAAAGAAUCGCCUCACUGCAGGAUGAGAUAGAGACAAUCCGAAAAAAGGGCACUUUGGAUGCGGAGGAGAAAGCAGGGAAGGCCUAUGCUCGAGCUAGCGAGCUUGAGAAGCAGAUUGAGAGACUCAGAAAUGAGUUUGAAUUAAAGAAUAGCUUGAGAAAUGCUUUGGAGGCUCGAGCAAAUGAAGCAGAGAAGAAAGUGCGAGAGUUGACUAAGAAGCUGGAAAGUCUCCAAAGCUCUAGUGAUGAACAAAAACGAAGGACUCUGAUAAUUGAACGAGCUCUUCAAGCAGCCGAGGAGGAGUUGAUGAGAGUACAGCUAGAGGCAACAUCAAAGUCAAAAGAGUUGAGGGAGGCUCACGGAGCAUGGUUGCCACCUUGGCUUGCAACUUAUAUAAGCUAUUGUCAGGAGCUCGCUUCAACCCAUUGGAACGAGCAUGCAAAACCUACACUUGAUAUUUUCUUGCAAAAGGCAUCAGAGAAAUCAAUUCAGGUGAAGAAAUGGGCUGAGCCCCACUUGGAGACUGCUAAGACUAAAUGGAUCCCUGUUGUUAAAGAACAAUGGCUUGUCUUUAUAACAACAGCUGAACCCUACGUGCACACUGCCUCCUCAAAAGCUGUUGAGAUUUACCAGGUAUCCAAGAAUGCUAUUGCACCUCAUGUUGCCAAAGUGCAAGAUUUUGCAGAUCCCUAUUUCCAGGAAACAAAAAAGUUGUCAAAACCCUAUGUUGAUCAAGUUGCUAAGUUUGCCAAACCACAUGUCGAGAAAGUGAGGAUUGUUGCAAAACCUUAUUCAGAGCAAGUAGUUCGUGCAUACGGAAAGUUUCUCAAAUCAGCAAAUAUUUAUCAUCGACAGGUGCAAGGAACUAUCCUGGAUCAUCUAGAGAAACAUGAAAUAACAAAACCACUAGCAACGAAGGAGCUGGUGUGGUUUAUGGCUUCUGCACUGCUGGCGUCACCUGUUUUCAUUGUUUACAAACUCCUAACAGAUAUUUUCUGGAGUAAGAAAGGAAGGAAACCAACACAAAAUGCCAAUAAAAAUCAUGUACAUCGGAGACACAAGCGAAGGCAUGCUGAGAAGUAGAAUAUAGCUACAUAUUUUGAAGUUGAUUAUGCAGCGGUUAUAUUCCAUAUGUGUCUGGGUAUUCACAGCAUGCUGUUUGGUAGAUGGAGCUUUUAAUAUUCCUUCGUUUUAGGAGAAUAGCUUUUGGGUUUAUUAGGGUGACCCUUUGUGUUGAAAAAAACUUUGGCCCAAUAUUCAUACACCGACAGACACGUUUUCAUUUUGUCUUUAUUCUCUGCAAUUUGUGCAGUUCUUAUUUCUCUCCUUACUUUUCUUUUUCCUUGUGAAUUUGUCUAUUUAGGACGUAGUUUGUUUGUGGUUUGUACCUUUAUCAUUUGUUGUAAUAGUACUAUUUAUUACUUUCAAUGUGGUUACCUUCCUAUUUGGGCAUA